CACGGGUACGGCGAGAAAGAGUUACCUGGCGCGCGCGCGGGUGGUGUUCGUCCGAUUUUGUUUCGCGCAUCGACAUAUUUCUAAAUCGUGGCAUCCAAAUUACCCCGUUUGCCCGUUUGUGUUCUUUUGAAGUGGAAGCUCCUCCAACAUGACCUUCACCUGUGAUAACGUCCGGGUCAUAGUUUUUACUGUCGUGCUUCGUUUUAGUGUUUUUAGCCCGUUUUUGUUAAACCACCAAAAGUUCUGAAAGCGAAAGGGUUCCUCAUCCAUCCUGUAAUUGUUUGUGUUCUUGGCGUGCAAAGUACGCACACACACCCAAGAACGGGUGGUGAAAGUUGGCGAUAGUUUCGUUGGUCACGCGGGCCGAAAUAAAGCGUCAUCGCUAGAGUCAUUUCCGUGCCACGACCAACCAACACAUUGUGGUCCGGGUUUUUGAGGCUUGGCCUUCGGGAGGUAGAAGCCCGGAAAGCGGCGUAAUAACACCUAGAAGCGCGCUUUAUGUGCACAGGUGACGCGGCCGCCGCAUCCCAGAGGAGCGUACCUGCGACCGGCGAAGCAGAAAAUCCCAUUUUCAAAAUGGAAAUCAACACCCGAGGAAAGAGAAAUGCCACGCCGGUGGUGGAUGUGAGCACGGUUGAGUUGGAAGUGCCCGAUUCGUAUGACUACAGCCCCGGAAACCAUCACCACCAAUCGGCGUAUGGCCACCAUCAUCCCUCCUCGCCGUACCAUCAGCAAACGCUGCAGCAACAGCAACAACAGCAACAACAGUGCCAAUCCGAUGCCGGUAGCCCGACCAGCGAUGCGGUCAUGAUCAAGAUCGACGUACCGUCGCCGAUACGAUCCAGCGACGAUCAGCAGCGCUACCCGAAGGAGGUCCACAAAACGGUGCUGGCCCUCGUGUUCCUGGCGCUCAACUUCUUCCUUGCUACCAUCUCGCUGUCGCUCGUGCACGAUCGUGUCCCGGAUCGGGACACUCACGAGCCACUGCCGGAUGCGUUCCUCGACUGGGUGGCGCCCCAGGAUUGGGCGCUGGACGUCAGCGAAAUCCUCAUUAUGAUCGUGGUAAACUCGUGCGUCCUGCUGAUCGCCUUCCACAAGCACCGGUUCAUCGUGAUGCGCCGGGUGUUUCUGCUACUCUCCAUCCUCUAUCUGAUGCGCUCGAUGACGAUGUACGUGACGGUGCUGCCCGUGUCCAGCCGGACGUACUAUUGCAGCCCAAAGUCGAACGCCAGCAGUGCGGGUGUGAUCGUGAAGCGCGCCUUUCAGCUCAUCUCCGGCAUGGGCCUGUCGAUCAACGGGAAGCAGAUCUACUGUGGCGACUACAUCUACAGUGGCCACACGGUGACGCUCGUGUUAGGUUAUCUGGUGAUUUCGGAAUAUUCACCGAGACGGUUUUGGCCCAUCCAUUGGUUGUACUGGGCGGCGAGUCUGACCGGCGUGAUUAUGGUGUUGGUGGCACAUGGUCAUUACACGGUCGAUGUCCUGAUUGCCUACUACGCCACGACGCGGCUCUUCUGGACGUACCACACGUUGGCCAACAAUAGCUUACUGUUAAAGCAAAAUGGCAACAACUACAUCGGACGCGAAUGGUGGUACCCAGGAUUCCGGUACUUUGAGCGGAACGUUCGCGGUCCGAUUCCACUACAGUAUGAUCUGCCCGUUUCUUUGCCUGCCUCGUGGACGAAAAAGAGUCCCAAGUUGCCGGGACGCGAAAGUUGAUGCUACGACACACGUACGAUCAUCACCUGUUGCUACUCUUAGUGUCGUGCAGUAAAAGACACCGGCGUGCCAGGCUUUAUCAUCGGAGGCAGCUAGAAAGGGCUAGGCGAGAGACGAUGCGCAUCGCAUCAUGAUGAUGAGCACUACGCUUCGAUAGUGCAUCUCUUGAGUGUUUAAGGGGGAAGAAACCGAAGUUCAAAAACGCCUAAGACCAACAGAUGAAAGACUUGAUAAGAAAGAGGAAACAAAAGAACGCGCAGUGAGCUGUUCAUUUUGUGUCCGUCACCUACACGUUACUCAAAAUCCGUUUAAAAUCAUAUUUAAACAAUCGAAACCAACCCGUUUUUCCGUAGUCGGACGAAUGCGUGCUACGAAAAAUACCUUUCUUUCGCUCCAGAGGCACUAUUAUUCAAACUUUUUAAAUCAAUCUUAAUUUUGUGUGGUUCUUUUCUUAAUGUUUUUGCCGGACGUCGUCAACGUCCAGAUUCAACUCUUUAGGUUUAGCUCCGGAUUAUUAGCAUAUUAGGGUAGGGUGUUAAGUUGUAAAGUAGUAGUUGAUAACGCGUGACGGCGUUUUUGAGAUUGUUUCAAAAAAGGCCAAAUGAAAUACAUUCAGACGAAGGCUGGAAGGUGGAAAAGUACCACGAAAAGCGAGUGGUGGCUGAAGAAAGGGCGUUGGAAACCAAUAAAACCAAACUACGAAAGGUGAUAAAUCAAAGUGCCCCCUCCGCAACAGCUUGACGGUGGAAAACGAGGAAAGAUUUCGAGCGUGAGACAAAGUCCUAAUGACGAAGAAACCAGGAACCAGGAUUGCUAAAGGGCACGUGAGUCGCAAAGAUGGAAGGAUUCUUUGAGUUUGAUGCUCGUCAGCACAAUUGUGGAAUGGUUUCGAAGAAAAUCUCAUCAAAACGAACGACGAUCGCGCUCGCAUUUCGAUCACAGACCCCACACACUUGGAAGCCGGACACGAGAAAGAGAAUUAGUGUUUUGUGUUUUAUGAAAGUUUAAUCGUGUAAAUAGUAGCGUGAGGAAGGAUAUAACUAACUGAUAAAGAGUUAAUUUAAACUGAAAGCCAAGAUCUUGACCGUAGGUGUCUUGUUUCGCGGGAGGCUUAGACUGUUAUUCGCGUGUGCCUUCUUUAUAUACUAAACCUAAAAUAAGAUACAAAAUCUACCUAC